AUGGCACGCACGGCGGCAAAAAAGGCGAUCAAGCCUCUGCAAGAUCCGCGAUUACCGCCACCGCCUUUUACAAAAGCGCCUACAGCCCUCGAACCCUUUGUCGAAACUCUGGACAAAGCCCACGUCUACAUUGUGCAUGUCGACCGCUUUCCUGCAGCGUUCAAGAAGCGCAUCUUCACAGUCCCCGUACUGCUCAAUGUCGCCAUUGCAGCGCUACUAAUAUGGCGAAUCUGCGCCAUUCUACCGACCUACCUGGCGAUCUUCACCUCGGUCAUUGGCCUCGAUUCGCCCGCGACGAUUGACACAACCAGCAAGACCAAGUCUCAUCUGGCAUGGGUCUUGACCAAGCGUGUGGCCAUGUUCAUGUUUGACUUUGUCCUCGGUCGCUUCAUCCUACCAUGGCCCGUCACCUUCUUCCUAGAGGCUCCCGCCAAUCCGUGCUACUGGCGCAUCAAGGUCGGCUUCCAGGACCAAGAAGUCGCUGUCCGCAUCAGUCGGGACUGGGGUGCUGAGGAGCUUUUGGCAGGUGUCAAGACUGGAGGAGACAGUCCGUUCUUCUCGACACGUAUUCUUCCAGCGAUCGAUCGCAACUUCAUGCGCCAGAAGACGGCAUACCUUAUGAUGGGCAAGGAUUGGGACUUGGAUUUUGGUGCAAUGAUCUUUGCCCACGGCCUCAUCGACGAGAAGAAGAACAGUCUACAAGAUUUUGAAAAGAGUGUACUCGCGUACAGUGAACAACAUGGAUGGCUAUACUGGCCGGUGCACAAACUGGAUGAAGAGGGCUCGGAAGAGGAAAACAGGAAGAAAAUCGUUGCUCUUAAAGAUCGCUUGACAGUCAUGGGCAAGGAGAGCCUGUUUUUCCGCUGGAUCGAAAUUGUCCAGUACGAGAGCAGUCGCCCUGGCGGUUUCACUUCAGAGCGUCAAGUCGAGACAUACAAGAAGGUGCAGCAAGAGUUUGAGAAGCACGGCGUCGAUUUUAGGGAGCUGCUGGAGAAGGUCGGUGGUCUAGACGGCAUGCCUGGUCUUCCUGGAUCUCAGGUCCCAUUGUAA